CAACAUUCCUAGAGCUUUCGCACCAGGAUGCGAAAGCUGUGGUCCGGAGGGAAACGCUCAUAUACAGAUUGGCCACGGUGCUCUCCGAUUCUUAAUCCUGCCUGCUCUGAACUUCAUACACUGAAGUCACGUCCCUGAACCUACGGUGUAGUUCUCCAUCAUUUUCGGGUUAAGGAGAGGGGCAGGUGGAGUAACUGAGCUGGGGGAGCGGGUGGAGCACAGUGCUCUCAUGAGUCCAGUUAGCUUGGGCCUCAAGCCAUGGCGCCCAAGAAGAAGCGCGGACAAAACGCCGGGCGCAAGCAGGAAGGUGGGGAACAACCGCUCUCCGAGCGCGUGCAGUACUUGCAGCGCGAGUACACGAUGCUCUCGGAGAGCCUGGUGGACUGCGAGCAGCGGAUCGACCAGCUGCUGCAGAACAACGCCUUCCUGAACAGCGAGGCGCAGCGCCUGCGCGAAGAGACCCGGCUCUUCGCCGGCUACGUGAGCGCGCACGCUCUGCGCUGCGCCAACACCGUCGUGCGCCUCGAGGACCAGAACCGCAUAGACCUCGCGCAGAUCCGGUGGCAGCGAGCGGAGCUGGCGUCCUUCUACCAUAACCGGGAGAACGGGGUGCGCACGCAGCUGCAGGACAUGAAGAAGCGCGCAGAGACUAUGACGCAGCAGGUGCAGGAGCUUCAGCCCUACAAGGAGCUGCAGCUGGAGCAGCUGGCGCGAAUCCGGACCCUGGAGCGCGAGCUGCUGCACAUGCGCGUGGAGCACACGCAGCUCCUCCACCAGGUGAAGCGCCAGUUCCUGGAUGACAAGUCGGCUUUCCAGAGGGAGGCGCGGCUGCACGUGCAGUCCCUGACGCGACGCGCCGAGCGAGAGGCAGCGCGUUCCCUCAUUUCCCACGCACAGGCCCUCAAGGCAGACAAUGGGCGUCUGCGACAGGAACUCAUGAGGCUUCUCCAGAGGACCCAGUUACUGCAGGACAUGCGACAGCAGCUGCUGGAGCAGCGGGAGCAGCUGCGCGGGGAGCACGUGGACAUACAGAACCUGGACCAAAUGCACGGCUGGUUGCACAGGGGUCCCGGGGGGCCACCACUCUGGCAGCCACCCGAAAGCCACCAACCCAGCUUGCGCAUCGGGUCAAUUGCCACUGUGCCGGACUCAAGCUAUCCAGUUUUAAGAGCCCAGGCUACGCCCCAAUCACUUCCGGUCUCUCGGGGCCCAUCCAUGGAUCAUUCACACCGACCCUCCAAGACUCCAUCUAUAUUGUCCAGUGAGUCUUUUCUGGGCUGGUCUCCGAAGGCUGAGUCUUUAAUUGCUCCCUGGAGUUCAUCACAUUCAGGAUCUCAAGUCCCAUCUCUGACUCAAUCGCACAGGGGCUCUCGGGUCUCCUCUGUGAUCCCAUCACGCAAGGGCUCCAGGGUUCCAUCCAUGACCUCAGGUACCUUGCGCUCGCGUGAGGGCUCUGGGUUCUCUCCACGGAGCUCCUUGCGUGAGGUCUCUCCAGAAAAAGACACAACUGCAAAGUCCAGCUCCAAGCUUCUCUCAGUCAUGUCAGAAGAUCAGAUCCCUCUCAGCCCACAGUUGGAAGGGACAGAAAACACUGAAGAUGACACAGAAACUGUCCUGGAGUAAGCCUGAACUCCCACGAGGGGGCCGGUCAGUAGGGCAUGGUGUAGAGAGACAUACUUUGGAAGAUUUCUUAGUGCAUAGAUAUGUUAAUAAAAGUGCAAAAUAAACUGUGCGAUGCGCUGGCA